AUGGCUUGUUCUUUCUUCCUUCCUUUCUUUCUUUCUUUUUUCUUUAUUUCUUUACAAAUUUUGCUCAAGAUCGUUUCUACUUUCUGUCCCUUGUCAUUCUUUCUUUCUUUCUUUCUCCAUUCUCACAUUUUCCUUAUGAUCGUAUCACAUUUUCCUCAUGAUUGGAUCUGUUAUCAUUCUUUCUUUCUUUCUUUCUUUCUUUCUUUCUUUCUUUCUUUCUUUCUUUCUUUCUUUCUUACACAUAUUUUGCAUAUGAUCAAUUAUCCUUUCUGUCUUUUGUCAUUUUUCUUUCCUUCUUUCUUUCUUUCUUUCUUUCUUUCAUUCUUUACAAAUUUUGCUCAUGAUCAUCUCCCCUUUCUGUCAUUCGUUCGUUCUUUCUUUCUUCAUUCUCACAUUCUGCUCAUAAUCGGAUCUCUUGGCAUUCUUUUUUUUCUUCUUUCUUUAUUUCAUAAUUUCUUUCUUUCUUACACAUAUUUUCCUUACCCUUUCUGUCUCUUGUUAUUCUUUCUUUCCUCAUUCUUUUACUUUCUUUCUUUAUUUCUGUUCUUUCUUUUUUUCUUUCUUUCUUCUUUGUUCAUGUCCCCAAUCAUUAAUUCGUCCUUUUCUUUCAUGUUGUUCGUAUAA